AUGGCUUCGCUCGAGGCGAAAAUCGUCGUGCUCGGCGCCCAGGGUGUCGGCAAGACAUCCCUCGUCACGCGAUAUUGCAAGGGGGCCUGGAGUCCCGCGACCACAACGUCGACAGUCGGCGCCAGCUUCCUCACCAAGCGAGUCGUCGAUAGCGACUCGGACACCACUGUCCCCGGACAGGAGCGGUUCCGCAGCAUCUCCCGCCUCUACUACCGCGGCGCCAACGCCUGCAUCCUCUGCUACUCCAUCACCGACGCCCAGUCCUUUGUCGAGAUGGGCAUCUGGCUCACCGAACUCCGGCGAAACCUCCCGCGCGACGUCGUCCUCCACGUCGUCGGCACCAAGGCCGACAUUGUCGCCAAAGACCCCAGUGCGCGCCAGGUCCCCUUUGAGCGGUGCAUCGCCUACGUGGCCGAGCAUCUGGCGCCAGGCCAGGGCGGGACGCCGCCGCCCACCGCGAACGCAACGCCAUUGUACGCGCCGGGCGGUCUCAUGAGCACGAGUCCUGGGGGUGCUCUCGCCGCUAGCAGCGUCGACCCGCACAGUCCGAGUUCGAAGCGCAGCUCAGGGUUCUGGGGCCAGGAGGUCGGCUGGGACGCUUGCCACGAGAUCUCGGCGGAGAGCGGCGAGGGCGUGGAAGAGGUCUUUCGUGUCGUCGCGCGGAAGCUGGUGGACCAGAAUCGAAGAUUACAGCAGGCUCUGCUCAUGGCCACGGCGACACCGCAGGGCUUCCUCACGCCCGGGAUACCGGACGGCGGACCGGCGCCGGAUGGAUACUUUGAGGGCGCCAGUGCCCGAGGCAGUUUCCGCGUCGGCAGGGACAGGCGAUCCUGGCUCUUCUCGCCCGCCUUCUCGCCCGCCGUCACGGUCGAGCAGGCCGCACAACCGCAGGAGGACUAUGCGGAGCGCAAGGGGAAGAACAAGUGCUGUUGA